AUGAAAUCGCAGGACAAUUACAAGUUUUUGGGACUACGAGAUGUUUCUAAAUCUGUGAACCAGAAAGUAAAUUUGAUUGCUGUUAUUCUUGAAACCGGCUUUCCAAAGGCAACAGCGGGCACCGAUUACUGUCGUAUCCUCAAAAUAAUUGAUGACACACAUUACAGAGUCGGAUUGGCUGUUAACAUUUUUGCUGAAAAUACGAAAAAACUCCCCCUUGUUGCUGCUGUUGGGGAUGUAAUUCAGCUUUGUCGUGUCGUGGUAAAAGCACACAAGGGGGAAGUAAAUGCUGUCUUCAACAAAAAAAUUUCCUCUUUUGCUUUAUAUAGAGGCAAAGAUGGUGAUGAUUUAGACCCUUAUCAAGUUUCUUCUAAAUUUAACCCCAAAGAUGAAGACAAGAUGCUCGUAGAUAGGCUGAGAAAAUGGCUGGUCCAUUUCCAGCUUCAUGAAGAUUCUAGUAAUUUCCCCUUGUUCAGAGAAAUCAAGGAAGAAACUCACAUUAAUUUGGCAUGCAAGAUCCUUCACUUCUGUGAGGCUGCGAAAGAUGAAUGGUUUAUCUUUGCUUGGGAUGGCACUGAUACCCCACCAAAUGCCAUAUGUUCAAAGCUAGAAGAUGAACUUAAUUCUCCACUUCCUUUACAAUUGGAACCUUUGCCUUUGCCAAGAGAGAUUUUAUGUAGUUUGCCUGCUGUUGGAUCCAUCCUGAGAAUAACUUUUGAUGCAGUUGUUGAGAAGAGUGACCUCCACCUUGUAAGCAUUGGUAAAUGGGUCAAGUUUAUCAAUUUGCGUCUUGUGGUGCAUGCUGGACUAUGGCAUGGUGUUUUCACCUCUUUUACAAAGCUUCGAUAUACACCUAACGAAGACCAGCUCAUUGUAGAACGUCAAAGGUUUUCUGGUGAGAGGAAAACUUCGAAAUCAGGAAGAAUGCCUUAUUGCAGCUUCCCUAAGCCCUCGUGUAUUACAGAAGUCAUUCAUCAUGAGCAUUUGAAACGUGUUACGUUAAUGGGUGUCCUCACUCAUUCAGAGGUGACGGCUAAAUUCAAGUGUGUUGUUCGGGUGGUAGCAGCAAUGCCAUGCCAAGCUGAAAUUCUCUGCUCUCCUGCUGGGAUAUACAGAAUGCGGCUAACUCUAGAGGAUUCAACUGCAAGGAUCCAUGCUUAUGUAGUUGCACAGGAUGGGGAGACCCUUUUUGAUGGUUAUCCGGGCGUUGAAAAGUUGACAAGGAAGCUGAAUAGAUUACUGGGAGUAGCUGAAUGUGAUGCUAGCAAUGAUGGGGAAAAGGUUACUCCAAGAAAUCCACCAUGGAUUUGUGUUUGUCUCAUGUCAUACUAUGUCUGCAAAGCUGAUGUCUGGGGCAGUAGAAACUUCAGAAUAUUUGACACCAAAAUAGUGGGAGAUACAUGA